AUGUCGCAAGAAGAUAUAAUAACACAGGUGACGCCCGACUCGGCUCCAAAUGCAAAUGCAAAUUUAGCUGCCACCAACUCCAACACCAAAACCUCCAAUGAAGAUGUAGAUUUCAACUCACUCAUUAAUUUGAAUCUCAGAGGAACUAAAUUCACCAUCACUAGAGACGAAUUGAUGAGCUUGCCUGAAAGUAUAUUACUUUGUCUUUUCCCCAAUGGUGUUUUUCUCGAUGUCAAUGGUCAAAUAAUUAGCAAUUUAACCGAGGAAGAUGUGGUGUAUGUUAACUUUGACCCAGGAUGUUUUCAAUAUAUCAUUGACAUGUUCCGUAAAGCCCAACGGGAUUUGGCAAGUAUGCUGCCACAACAGCAGAAUUUGCAAUUGAGUCCCCAAGUUAGUGGUUCAAGAAGUCAACAAGAGAAUAUCCUCCAAACAAAACCAGCGAUUAUCGUGUUGCGAGAGGAUUUGGAUUUCUAUGUGAUUCCACCCAUUGCAGGGUUGAAUAGAGAAGAUAUGAGACAACUAAAGAAGGGCGUUAGUGUUGAGCUACUCAAGAACAAAUUGAUCUUUUCAGGACUUGGCUACAAAUUUGACGAAAACGACCCGGUAUUGAUUGGCGAAGAUGGAUCGGUAAUGCAAGAUGCAAAUGAAAAACAGGACAACAGUAAAGGUUUAGGUGCUGCUGAACAACACCUUUUUGAUAUGUUGUGCAGCUCGGGCUUUGAUACACAGGAUAAAUGGGGAUCAAGGAGUUUGGAACCGGGUAAAUGUGUCAUUUCAUCUUUAUCAUUAGUAAGAUUAAAGACUGAAAAGGACCAAACACCAUCGGAAACUCCACCAGACUCCCCUUCAUUAACACCAGUAGCAUCGCAUGCCAGUGCCAAUGAAAGAUCACGCUCACGUCCUCGAUCAAGAAUAGCUCAAUUGGCGAGCAGUGCAUCUAGAGCUGCAUCACGAUCGCUUUCACUGAAGAGAAACAAAGUUGAUCCCAAUCAAACAAAGUUGUUGCUAUUCUGGAGGAAACCGGCUAGAAAGUGUUGGUGGUCACAUGGCUGGAUUACAAUAAAUAUUGAUGUCGCUGAUAUUAAAGAAUUGGAGGAUAGUGAUGCAAAAUUGAGCGUUAAAGUACAUGUAAGAAGAGUGUGGACGUUGGAAUUGUCAAUCAUUACGUGA